GCUUCAACCGCCCCUGUCGAUGUUGUUCAGAUGGACUACUCAACGGAUUUCCCUAAGCUACCCGAGGCCUCUUCUGUUUCUGCUAGACCCUUAGGAGCUUGGUCUAGGCCUGCUGUGGGAACCAAGACAAUUGUACAUGUGAGGAUUUCCUUCGUCUUAGCCGCUAGUGAACGUGCUAAUAAAGUGAAGAGCUUUGGUGGAAAUACCAGUGAAGAACAUAAGAAAUGCCAGGCCGUAGCUGCUGCAACCGACACGCGGAUCGAACUUAGUGAAUCGAAAGAUGGCACGUUGACAGUGGUCAUCAAAGGUCUUCGCAACAAGGUGGAAGAGGCACGAACACGUCUCAUACGAGAUUUGCAAACUCAAUGUUCACGCGAUCUUGACAUUCCUAAGGAUCACCAUCGGAAAUUAAUAGGGAAAGAAGGUGCAGCUCUUCGUCAACUAGAAGCCGAUACUAACUGCCGUAUAACGAUUCCUAGUAGGGAUACACCUUCGCAAACGAUCAAAAUUGUUGGGCCUCGUGAGGGUAUCGAGAAAGCAGUCGCUUACAUUCGAUCUGUUUCGGACAGAGAGUCAAAGCUGGCAACGGAAGAAAUCAUUUGUCCGCGCAUUUUCUUCCCUUUCGUUCGCGGUCCGUUCAAUGAGACAUGCGACAAACUCACUCAGGAGACUGGUGCCAAGAUUAACAUUCCUCCCAAUCAAGCUAACAAUGAGGUUAUUAUUAUCAAUGGAGAAAAAGAUGGUGUUCACAAAGCAGCUGCAGUUAUCCGCGGCAUCAUUGCAAAUAAGGUAUUCUCAGUAACGUGCACCGUCGCACGAGCCCAACACCGUUAUAUAAUUGGGCAGCAACGAUCAGGUCUCCACACUAUUCUCAAGGAAACCGGAGUUUCUGUUGAGGUUCCAAAUGAAGAUGAAAACUCUGAUACUAUCACUCUGCGUGGAGAUCCUAACAAACUUGGUGAAGCACUCGCUCUUGUCUAUCAGCGAGCUAGUUCGGUGAUCACGCAACAACUCGACGCUCCUGCCUGGUUGCACAAACAUCUUAUUGGGCCUAGAGGAACAACAUUGCAGCAGCUCGUACCAAAUCGAAACAAGGUGCAAAUUGACUUCGAAGACACUGGUCGCAUUUUCUUGGAAGGUGCUCCAGAAGAGGUUAAGACUGCUCUCAGUGUAUUGUCGUCUGAAGUCUCUCGCCUUUUGAAGGAAAUGGCAAUCGAAAAAGUGAAAGUGCAUCCAAGCUUGCAUAGGCACGUCAUAGGGCGUGGUGGAUCGCUGAUUUCCAAAAUCAAGGAUGAGACCGGUGUGCAGAUUUCUAUUCCUAAUGAACAAACGAACUCGGACGAAAUCGUGGUAGAGGGCAAGAAAGAUGGUGUCAAAAAGGCUGUUGAAGAGAUUCGUAGCGUUGUCUCGAAAAUAGAGAACGAAAAGUCGAGAGAUAUUAUUGUUGAACAGCGUUUACACAAGCUAAUCAUUGGAACAAAAGGCGAGAACAUUGCGAAAAUUCGUGAAGCACAUCCCAAUGUGCUUUCCUUCCCUGACAUGAACAAAAGGUCCGAUGUCAUCAACAUUCGUGGAGACAAAACCGAAGUUGAUAAAGUUUACAAACAGCUUCAACACAUGGCUAAAGACUUGGCAGAAAGUAAUUACCAACAGACAGUCCCGAUCUUCAAGGAAUUUCACAAGCAUAUCAUUGGCAAGGGUGGUGCUACUAUCAAGAAAAUACGUGAAGAGACUCGAACGCGUAUUGACCUGCCAGAAAGCAAUUCUGGUGAAGACCGCAUCUGCGUCACUGGAAAGAAGAGGAAUGUGGAAAAUGCCAUCGAGCAACUGAACAAAAUUCAGAACGAGCAUGCAAACGUAGAAGUUGUGGAAAUCAACAUUCCCGUGAAAGUGCAGGCUCGACUUCUCGGUAACGGACGUCAUUUAAUCUCGAACAUCGAGGAAGAGUGUGGAGGUGUCCAUAUAAAGUUUCCGGUGGAAAAAAGCGAUAGCACUAAAGUAACGAUUCGUGGUCCUAAAGCCGAUGUGCAGAGAGCUCAAAAGUUGCUUACGGACCUUGCCAAAGACAAGGAGAUUAACUUGUAUGAAGAUACCGUUGUUGCUAAGCCUGAGUUCCACCGAUUCUUAAUAGGAAAGGGUGGUUCAAAAAUCAACAAAAUUCGCGAAAGUUUUGACGUACGUGUGAUGUUCCCGAAAGAUACUGAUGAAGACAAGGAGACGAUUCACUUGUUGGGUAAAAAGGAAGACGUGUUGAAGGUUAAGAAAGAACUUGAAAACAACGUCAAACAGCUGAAUGAAACCGUCGAGAUCACGAUAAAAGUUGAUGUUAAGCAUCAUAAGCACUUUUUAGUGCGAGGUGCAUCAGUUUUGCAUGAAAUUCAAGAACAGAAUGGUGGAGUAGCAAUCUCCUUCCCAAAAAUCGGGUCAGAAUCAACUACUGUACAUAUAAAAGGUUCUAAACAAUGUGUUGAGUCAGCGAAAGCACGUAUCGAGGAGAUUGUUGAUGAUAUGGAAAGACAAGUGACCGUGAAAGUCGAAAUUCCAUCUCAAUUCCGUCGUGCUCUCUUGGGCAAUCGUGGUCAGAAGAUCCAUGAUCUUCAAUCUAAGCACGACGUGUUGAUCCGAUUCCCUGAACGCAGACAAGAAGCUGCUGAGGAAAAUGAUGGUCAAGAUUUUGUGACUAUAUCCGGUCGCGAUACAAAAUGCGAAGAAGCAAAGGCUGAGCUUCUGUCUAUGGUUCCGAUAUCUCAAGUGAUCAACGUACCUCUUGAUAUGCAUGGCACUUUGAUUGGACGAGGUGGUGAAACGGUGCGAAAGAUCAUGCAAGACUUCGACGUGUAUGUAUUGAUUCCAAAGAAUAAUGAAAGCGAAGAGAUCACAGUUACUGGGCAAGCACAGAAUGUUGAGAAAGCCCUCGAGAAGAUUCGCGAAAUGAUAUCCACGUUCGAGGCUCAGGCAAAAGACAGAAAACUGCGCUCCUUCCAACUGGUCAUUGACGUUCCUGCGGAAUACCAUCAACGAGUUAUUGGACCAAGAGGUGUUACCGUCAACGCACUUAAGAACAAACAUGACGUUCAAAUCAGUCUACCUCGUGCAGAUGAGAGAUCAGACCAGAUCACUAUUCAAGGAUAUGAAGCAGCAGCUCGGGCAUGUGCAGCGGAAAUCGACGAAAUAGUUGAAGAACAACGCUCAAUGUUUACUCAGGAGAUAACAGUAAAUAAGGGAUUCCUUCCUCGGUUGAUUGGCCAACGUGGAAGGAAUCUUAGAAAGCUCAUGGACGAUUAUGGAGUAGAAAUUCGUUUUCCACGUGACGUUUCUGAUUCAAAUAUUGUCAUUGUUGCCGGGAAAAGCGAAGACGCUGUCUAUGACUGCAUUGAUCAUAUAAGAGCUGACGAGGAGGAUUUUCAGGGUGACUAUGUCGAUAUGGUUCGUAUACAUUUGAAUAAACCCAUUCAAAUGAAUAAUGCGCCUUGGCAGCUGGAUAUCUCCAGUGCUGAACAUUUUCCUGAUAUGGGUUCUGCUACUCCAUCACAUGCAGUCGGUGGUGCUUGGGGCGGCGCGCGUCGUUGGUAA